CCUCCCACACGGAUUACAGAGGUUCCCUGAACGCCUUGCCGUGCAAGACUCAGACGAGGACAUUCUCAGCCAACUGCCAACAUGAGCGACAACAACCCCGUCUCCCAGGAGGUGCAGUCCUUCGACAAGAAGGGCCUGAAGAAGACCACCACGGCAGAGAAGAACACUCUCCCGACCUCGGCAGAUAUCGAGGCGGAGAAGAAAGCAGCGGCGGAGUCCAAAUGAACCAGUGAUGCUUCCCCUGGACCAGUCCCCCCUUUACCCAUCUCCCGUCUCCUUUUCCAGUUAACAGAUACCUGCUUGUGCAUCAUGUCCGCUUCUUUGCUGUGUCUGCAUCCGUAAUCAUUUGAGGCAGUUUAAUUUGGGUAGGAAAACCACAUGACAACGUGACGUGGGCUAGGUCCAAAAAGUCAGCCAUGUAUAAUGCAGCUAUUAUGGUAAAAAGAAAUUAUACAGAAUCAUUUUUAUGUGAAUGAAUGUGUUUGUGUGUAUUCUUCAAAAGAAAGGACAAAAAAAGAUCCAUUGUGGGAGUGGCCAAAUUGGCAAAUCCAGCCAAUUAAGCACCAACAAAGCACAUCCUUCUGACCAACCAGUUUGACCGGUUCAGCUUGACCACUCCCUCUGCAAGUCCUCUGUAUCUGGUGCCAUUCUGGAUGAGUUGCUCUAUAAAUACCAUGUGAAAUGAUAUUUUUGUUUUAAUAAAAUAAUAAAGAAUGUUUUAAAUUGAA